AUGCAUCCACAGACCCAAGCAAAUCAACCAACAAUACAUACAGCACUAGAAAUAACAACCUGGCUACUAAUGUUAAUUUCUCCAACAUUGAUGAAAGCACAAGGCUCUAGCAAAAUGCUUAGCAAUGAACAAGUCAAUAUGACUAACAAAGGUCACAACCAUAAAUUCAACUCUACCAGCCUCCAACAUCCAAACAAACAGUAUAAUAGCAGUACAAACCAACAAGAUAAUUGUCCUCUAACCUCCCUUCUAAAUAAUCUUUUAAUCAACCCAAAAGACACCACCGCACAAGAUGAAACACACAAGGCAGCCCAGUCAGCUUCCCAAUCCAGUACAAUAAUACGUCUAAAAUCAAACCACCAGAAGUUUCUGUCCGUAGAAUAUGCUGAGGAAGAAAAUCUUCUGCCUGUUCAAG